UAUUUAAAAUCCUCGGCUUGUUUAUCGACUAGCCGUCAAUUUUAAAUGUAAAUUGUUUGUAGCAUAACUUAAAGUUUUAUUUAGGUGUAUAUGUACAUAAAUAUAACUUGUAUACAAAGUGUUCAGUUACAUUUGUCUUAUAAUGAGACAGAUAAUAUUUAAAAUUUUAUUAUUUUUAAAAGACUAACAUAACUAGUCUAACAUAAUGGAUAUUGAGGCAAAAUCUGAACCAGUUGCACCUCCUCGUAAAAAGUUGACAAAGCUAAAAUCUGAAUGUAGUAAUGAGGAGAAAAAAGUUGUCAGGCCUGUCACUAUAUUUACAUCAAAACCAAAUGCACUAUCAAAGGAGAGCUCAGAUGAUAGUAAAAAAGUUGUCCCAAAACGUCCACCAUUCCCUAAUAAAUCAAUUUCUUUUGAUAUACCACAAUCUCAAAUCAAAAAUAAAAUAGAAUCUGUUCAAGAAGAAAAACCUAUUGAACGACCAAAGCCAUUGCCAAGACCAACUUCUGUUAACAAACCUACUCCUUCUCCUAGAAAGUUAUUACCAAAUCAUUUAAUGAAUGUACCUCUUGAUGUUACACAAAUGACAACAAAAGCACUUGAUAUAAAAACAAACAACUCACAAUUGUACAUGCAACAAAAUGACAAUUCAAACAUUUUAACCGAAUAUGUGAAGCAAAGUGAUGAUACUACUAAUGCAAACAGUUCAACAAUGUGUUUGCUGCAAAAUAAUGAUUCUAUAAAUGUAAAUUGUUUAACAACGUGCUUUCAACACAGUGAAAAUUCUGUAACUACAAAUGAUUCACAACAGUAUGUGCAACAAAGUUGUAAUUUUAUUAAUACUAAUAUACUAGAUACAAGCAAUUUACAACAGUCGUUAGAACAUGGUAAUGCUUCUACAGAUGAAAUCAACUCACAACAGUGUUUACAAUUGGGUGAUGGCUCUACAGAUGAAAUCAACUCACAACAGUGUUUACAAUUGGGUGAUGGCUCUACAGAUGAAAUCAACUCACAACAGUGUUUAUUAAAAAAUAAUGAUUCUAUAGAUAUAAAUAAUUCUCGACAGUGUUUACGACAGGGUGAUGUUUUUAUAGGCUCAACCAACUCACAGCAGUGUAUACGACAAGGUAAAGAAUUUACAAAUAUUAACAAUUUACAACAACAUUUACUACAAAGUAAUGAUUUUGCAGAUUCUAGUGUUGAAACAGAUUCUACAAAUACAAACAAAAACAUUAAUACAAAAAAAAGUAUUUUAAAAAAAAGAUACAAUUUUGGUCUUAAAAGUUGUAAAAAAAUUACUGAAACCGAGUUGCAUAAAAUUCAUGCAAAAUUGAAGUCUGACACUAUUAAUGUUUUUAAAUCAUUCAAAAUAAACACAAAGUGUUUUAGUCAAUAUGAUCUCAUGGUUUAUGCUUUUUAUGAAACUGAAAGUAAUACUAUAAAAAGAAGUAAAAGUUUAGAAUUUUUAAACAAUGAUGUUGUUCAUAAACCGUACUAUGAAAACUGUGAAUUCAAUGAGUUUUUUCCUAAAUGCAAAAAUUAUAAACAGCAACAUACAAGUCCAUAUGAAAACAUUGAUAUAAACAAAACUACAAGUUUGGAUGAUCAAAUUUUUUUGGAUGAUCAAAUUCCAUUGUCUCCAAUACAGAGUAAUUUAUCAGAGUAUAAUAAAGAUUAUAGCGAAAUAUUAAUUUCUUCUAUUAAAUCUAAACAAUUUAGGCCAGCUGCCUCAAUUCCUUAUUUAGGACUACGUGUAAAUAUGAAGCAAGGUUUUCAUAAAGAUUUUGAAAAAAUUACUACUGAAAAAUAUGAACAGAAUUCAUUAUAUGAUUCACCAAGGGCACUUGCAAGUGAUUAUAUCAAUUUAGAAAGUACAAGUUUUCUUCAAAAAUGUGAUCUUGUAAAUGACUCAAUAUUAUUCAAUCAAGAUUUACCAUUAUUAGAAAGACAGUCUGAAGCACAAAAACCUCUGUUGCAGAGUAUACUGGAAAAUAAUGAUAAUCAAGUGCUAUCAACUAAGGAAAAGGUAUCAAGUUCAUAUACAUAUGACUCUCCUAUCCUUCAUGGUUUUCAAGUGUAUGACUCACCUAAAUUAAACAUAAACAACAGUGUAUAUGAGUCCAUGGUAAAUUAUAAAGACUCCACUGAAAAUGACAACUGCUAUGAGAAACCUGAUGUAAAAGCAAAAGGUUAUGAUUUUGUUCCACAACGACCACCACCACCCUAUCGGAACAGUCAGUUGCACUCUAAUUUUCAAGAAUCUUUACCAGCUAAUUAUUUGUCUGAUAGUACAUCCUCAAAAAAGCAAGAACCUCCUCGACCACCCCCACCAAGAUUAUCCACAAAUUCAAAAAAAGUACCCUCACGAGUACACUCAUCUGAUCCCAAUCCUGGAAUUGAUUCUUCAAAUUCAACAUCUAAGUUGAUUAAAAAUGACGAAACAUUCUCAUCAGACUCUCAAAGUGAUAGUGAAGCAAAAAAUGAGAAACCACCUAGUAGAAAGCUUUUUUUGAUUGCACAAGAAAUAUUGACAACUGAAAGAAGUUUUGUUAAUGCUCUCAAACUUAUAUGUGAGGAUUUCAAAGAGAAAGUUCAUGCUGCUCUUGCAAAAAAUAAUAAAUUUCUUCCUGAAGGAGCUUUUCAAGCCAUUUUUAUGAAUGUUGAACAGAUUUAUGAACUUGACAAAAAGUUUUUGAAAGAACUGGAAGAAAGGAUGGAGAAAUGGGAGCAUCACAAGCGCAUUGGAGAUAUUAUUAGAUCAUAUAGUUACUUUCUUAAGAUGUACGUUACAUAUAUAAAGGGUUACGACAAUGCUAUGCUGGUUUUUCACGAUUGCCUGUCAACAAACCUCAAGUUUGCUCAUCUUGUGGCCGAAUUCGAGGAAAAGAAUAUGAAAAUUUCUAGUUAUCUAUUGAGACCUAUUCAAAGAAUCCCAAGUUAUCGACUUCUUCUUAAAGAGUAUUUGAAAAAUCUCCCUAAAGAUAGUGUGGAUUUCAAGGAUAUAACAGAUGGAGUAGAAAUAGUCUCUGAAAUAGCUAACCACAUCAAUGAGAGUAUGAAGGAAGGAGAAAAAUUUCAAGAAGUUUUACGCAUUCAAUCUAUGAUUGUCAAUCAUAAAGAUCUCAUCAAACCAGGAAGAUUUCUAGUAAAGGAAGGUUCUUUACAAAAGAUGAGCAGAAAAGAACUACAACAACGUAUAUUUAUUUUAUUCACUGACACUUUGUUAUACUGCUCUUCUGUUGGUCAAACACAACUUAAAUUGAUUCAUGAUCUUCCUUUAACUGAAAUGGUUGUUCAAUACCCUGAAUUUGAAGAUAUGACAAGUGAAUUCAGUAUUGUUAGUAAAAAGCGAUCAUUUUAUCUAAAAGCUAGUUCAACCAAGGAACGCGAUGAAUGGGUUAAGACUUUGCAGGAGUGUAUUGAAGAAGCAAAAAAAAAGAUGGGUACGUUUACAAAAGAACCUCCUGUUAUGGUGAUGGAUCUUGGUGAUGUUGCUCCUCCAUGGAUACCUGACAGCAGAGUAACAAUGUGUCAAAGUUGUACUCAGGUUUUUAACAUAUAUAAAAGGAGACACCACUGCCGUGCUUGUGGAAAGGUUGUUUGUAGUGAUUGCUCUUCGUUUGAAGCUCCUUUGAAAUUUAUGGAUUAUGAAGCUCUACGUGUUUGUGAAGAAUGCUUUGUAAAGUUACUAACAAGAUUUAAUGAAAUACAUUUUGAAAAUAAAAAUGAAGAGAUCCAUGCCAAAUUUAAAAAAAAGACAAAGAAACAGAAAGUUGAUCGUAAAAAAUUACUCCCUUCAACUUUAACAGAGAUUGAUGCACAUGAAGAAGGUAUUCAGAUUAGUGGUUUUUUAAAACUUGUUCGCAGAGGACAGAAAGAUAAACGGUGUUGGUUUGUGUUGAAAGAUCAUGUGCUUUAUAAAUAUAAAGCUUCUUCAGAUCCUGCUGCAAAAACCACAACUCCUAUUCUUGGAUACGGUGUUGAGGUUUUAGGAAAUUUGGAAGAAGAUUUUAUGUUUGCUCUUACACAUGCUGGUCUUAAAGAACCACUUACAUAUAAAGCAGAAAGUAAAACCUCUGCUGAAAGAUGGUUAGAUUGUUUAAAAAAAGCAACCGAGCUAGCUCAAUUGUAACAGGUUAUAAAAUAAUGACCUGUGAUUAAAUUAUACCAAUAUUUCAACAUACAUUGCACAAACAAAAACAAACCAAUAAUUUAUAACAUAAAAAAAUUUUUUAUCAGCUUCCACCCUAGAGCCCCAAUAUCUUAAACUUACAUCUAUAAAUAACUCUAACAGCUUUCUUUUCAUAUUUUAUAAAAUGGCGACUUAUUAAGCUUAACAUUUUAAAUUUCUUUUUAUGUUUGAUUGUUAUCGUAAACACAUAAUAUGUAUUUAACAGUUUAGAUCUAUCUUUGGAUAUAAAUUUUUUUGGGAAGCGAAUUUAUAUUUUACGCUUUGAAUCAAACUUUCCAUACUUUUAUUAAUGUUGCAAGUUUGGUUAAAUAAAUUUUUUUUCCUUUAAAUAUUUAUGGUGUAUGAAAUUUUGUAUUAUUUUUUUCUUCUAAAUAUUACUAAUGAGUUUUUUUUCGAUAUAUUUAUAUUGUAGAAAAUUUUGCAGUGUUUUUUUAGCGAAUUACGCUAAAUUAAAAAAUCCAUUUUAGUAAUUUUUUUUUCUUUCUUGAUCUUAAUGUUUGUUACAACGCCAAUAUAUUUUAUUUACGUCUUUGUCGUCAACUCUUAGUGUUAACAAAUUAUUUUUAUGUUCAUAGAACAAAUUUGAAUACAAUGAAUAAAGUUCAACACAAUGAAUAAAGUUCAAUUGUUAAAUGUUUAUAUUUUAGCUAAAAUUAUUUAUCCAAUGAAUUCAACGUUAGAUUUAAUUUUUCUGUGUUUACAAUUUCUUAUUACGUAACAAUUGUGACAUGUAAACAAUUUAACGAUAUGUAAAAUGAUUACCAAAUUGCUAACUAAACUAAACUAAUCAUGAAUACCAAGUAUGUAACAAUUUGUUUCAUUUUAAUAUAGAUAAAUAAAUGUAAAAUAUAUCAAGCUUUAGAAUUUCAUACUAAUAUUUAGUAUUUUGAAUGUCGCCCUACUAUAACGUGACAACAAACUACUGAACUGACCACUUUUUUUAUAUUUUUGGAUUAGAAAUCGUAUUUUAAGCAAUUUGUUUUAAAAAUUCUGUAAAAAUAGUUUUUAUAAUUUUUUAAAAAAUUUUAUAUACGUUUUUUUCUUUUAAUAGUGUAUUUAGUUUUGAACAUUAUCAAUGCAGUAUUUUUUGUAUAGUUUUAGUACGAAAUGUCAAUGUUGUUUAAUUUA